CGACGAUGACGGCGAUCGUGCUGAAGACGGUGGUGCUGGGCGUGCUGGCGCUCAAGGUGAUGGCCGUGCUCAUCGCCAAGGUGGCCGUCAUCAUGAAGGUGACAGCGGCCGCCGCCGUGCUCGCGCUGCUCUUCUUCCACGGCUUCCAGAAGGACAUCUCCUACCAGGUGGUGACUCAGCAGAAUAAGCCGGACUCUUAUGAACCCGACCCGCACUCCCAUCAGGAAGAGUACGGUGGUGAUUCGUACUCCAACAUCGGUGGUGGCGGCGGUGGUGGUUACGUGUCAAAUUUGUUCAGCUGGUUUAUCCUCGAAAAAUGA